CUUACCCAACGGAAGUCACAAUUUCUCUCUGGGGUCUCUCCUCUUCCUCGGAAGAGACAGCUGAGAGCUUCCGGAUUCCGCACCAAUCGCUGACGCUGACCAGUUUCUCAACACCCAGAAAGCCAAUUCACAGGAUCCACUAUAAGGGUUUUAGGAUUACAGAGUUACCGGGUUCGAGUGGUUUUUGGUAGAGCUUGAUGGAUAACAAUAAUUGGAGACCUGCUCAAGGUGAACCCGCCUUGCCCACCAUGUCAACCAUGGACAACACCGAUUGGAGAGCCCAGCUACCACUAGAUGCCCGGCAGAGGAUUGCGAACAAAAUAAUGGAGACUUUAAAGAAGCACCUUCCAAUUUCUGGACCUGAUGGGUUACAGGAACUAAAGAAAAUUGCUGGAAGAUUUGAGGAAAAGAUUUACACUGCAGCAACAAGUCAGGCAGAUUAUCUACGCAAAAUAUCUUUGAAGAUGCUGACAAUGGAGACAAAAUCUCAGCCUAAUAUUGUGCCUAAUUCCUUACCAUCAAACUCAGCUGGUGGUAACCCAAAUCCUGUUGAUCCAGCAUCUCAGAGUAUGCAGUCCCAAGUGCACAACCAAGGGAUGUCGCUACCAAUUUCUAUGCCUAACCAGGCACGACAGCAUAUGCUGCCCCAGACCAUUCAAAAUAACAUUCUACCUUCUGGAGUGCAGAAUUCUGUUAGUCUGCCAUCUGUACAGUCAUCUGUUUCUGGUCUAACUCAGAACACCAUUCCGAAUGCUAGUGGACAGAGUUCCAACAUGCCAAAUGUUUCAGGCAUUUCACAGAACCCUGUAAGUAAUCCUCUGGCACAAGGUGUACCUUCCAGUGUGUUUCCCACUUCACAAAGGCAAAUGCCAGGACGACAGCUACAGCAACAGGUUAUUCCCCAACAGCUCCAGCAGCAGUCUCAGAACUCACAGCAGUAUAUUUACCCGCAGAAGCAGUUGCAGCAACAGAUUCUGAAGCCAAAGAUCCAGCAGGGAAAUAUACAGCAACAGUCCCUCAUGCAACAACACAUCCAACAGCAGCAGCAGCAACAACAGAGGCAGCAGAAUCUAUUGCAGCCAACUCAGCUGCAAUCUUCUCAGCAGUCCCUUAUGCAAGUGUCAUCGGGUCUCCCAUCAAGCCAGUCCUCUCUUCAGCAUACACAGCCUUCUGUUAUGCAAUCUGCUCCACACUCAGUGCUUCAACAGAACCAGCAAACUUCUAUUCAGUCAUCCACUUCAUUGGUGCUUCAGCAACAUCAACAGUCAGUUCUUGGGCAACAACAACAAUCACAACAGUCAUUGCACCAACAGCCUCCUGUUCUUCAACACCAAACACCACUUUCUCAGCAGACAUUGUUGUCAUCUCAGCAGCAACAACUAAUAGGGCAACAACCAAAUGCAACAAACAUGCAGCAGAAUCAACUGGUUGCACAGCAAAACAGUGUUCCACAUGUGCAGAAAACUCAACAGCAGCAGCAGACACAACCACAGCCACCAUUGCAACAGCAGCAGCAGCAGCAGCAGCAACAACAACAGAGACUGCUUAGCCAGCAAAAUAAUCUGUCUAACAUGCAGCAGUUGGGUUCACAAAGUUAUGUUCCUGGAUUACAGCAGCAGCAAUUGCUUUCACCCCAGUCUAGUGUUUCAAACAUGCAGCCAAAUCGGCACUCAGUAAACAUGCUUCAACAAGUCAAGCUUGUAGCACAGAAACAACAAACCCAGCAGACAUCAUUGACUGUUCUGCCAACACAAGGCCAACAAUCACAGUCACAACCACAACAGCAGCAAAUGAUGUCUCAUCUUCCAACACAGCCUGGUCAGCUGCAACAACAACUGGGGUUACAACAGCAAUCCAAUUCAUUACAAAGAGAUAUGCAGCAAAGGAUUCAAACAUCAAGUGCAUUGCCUCAUUCCCAGAAUGCAAUUGAGCCACCAAAGCAACUAUUUCAAUCACAAAGAAUGCUUCCAGAGGCUUCGUCAACAUCUAUUGAUUCGGCAGCUCAGCCAGGACAUGCAAAUGCUGAUUUGCAAGAAGAGGUUUAUGAAAAGAUAAAAGCAAUGAAGGAAAUGUAUUUACCUGAGAUUAAUGAAAUGUACCAGAAGAUCGCUCUCAAAUGCCAUCAGAAUGAUUCUCUUCCACAGCCUCCAAAUUCAGAACAUAUUAACAGACUUAAAAUGUUUAAAAAUGUAUUGGAGCGCAUUAUAAAUUUCUUGCAAGUGCCCAAAGCUAAUUGCUUAUUUUACAAGGAUAAAAUGGCUGGUUUUGAGAAGCAGAUAACUAAUAUCCUUAAUACAAACAGGCCCAAGAAGCCUGUUCCUUCACAACUGCAGGGACAACAACAAUCUCAUCCACCUGGUGUCCUUCCAAACUCCAUGCAUCAGCAACUACAGACUCAUAUUCCUCAGCUGCAGCAGCAACCUCAAAUAUCUCAGCUGCAACAGCAGCAUGACCCCCAAAUUCAACCAAUUAAUUUACAAGGUUCUGUAACAUCAAUGCAGUCAACUGCUGUGACCAGUAUGCCGCAUGGUUCUUUACCUCCUUCGUCAACACAUUUACCAAAUGUACGGCCAAAUGUGAUGAAUUCCCUGCAGUCUAGUUCUAAUUUGGAGUCAGGACAGGGAAAUGCAUCAAGUUCUUUGCAGCAGGGUGCUGCGGGAUCUCUACAGGAGAGUACUGUGAGUAUGUCCCAACAGUCAAACAUUAGCACAUUGUCACAUGGCAGUGUUAAUGCUUUGCAGCCUAACAUCGGUCCCAUUCAGCCCAAUGCUAAUAUGCUCCAACAGCAGCAUUUGAAGCAACAACAGGAGCAACAGGUGAUGCCUUCUCAACAAUUAAAGCAACAAUUUCAACAGAGGUCAAUGCAUACCCAAUUGAUUCAGCAACAGAAGCAGCUGAUGUUGCAGCAACAACAGCAGCAGCAUCACUUACAACUGCAACAGAAAUUCCAGCAGCAGCAGCAGCAGCCACCUUUACACCAACAAAAACAACAGCCUGCACAAUUGCAGGCACACCAAAUGCCGCAGCUUCAUCAUAUGAAUGAAGUAGGUGACCUUAAAGGGAGACAGGGCAUGGGUGCUAAAUCAGGAAAUUUUCAGCCACAUAAUUCUGCAAGCCAAUAUCCAGCAUAUAACCAUCAACCACUAAAAACAGGCGCCACAUUUCCUACUUCUUCUCCACAACUCCUUCAAGCUUCAUCCCCACAAAUUUCUCAGCAUUCUUCUCCACAGAUAGAUCAGAAAAGUCUACUAACAUCUCUUCCAAAGGCUGGAACACCGUUGCAGUCUGCAAAUUCCCCUUUUGUUGUUCCUUCACCUUCACCUCCCUUGGUUCCAUCUCCAAUACCAGGUGACUCUGAAAUACAGGCUUCUACUGUUGCUUCACUCUCAAAUGCAGGAAAUGUAGGGCAUCCACAAACAGCUGUUACAUUAGCCUCAGCUCAGUCUCUUGCUAUUGGCACACCGGGGAUAUCUGCUUCCCCCUUGCUUGCAGAGAUUACUAGUCCAGAUGGAAAUCAGGGUACUUCAUCCAUAAUGAUUUCAGGCAAAUCAAGUGUAAUAAAGCAGCCUCUUGAGCGCCUAAUUAAUGUGGUAAAAUCAGUAUCACCUAAAGUGCUUAGUGCUUCUGUCAGUGACAUUGGUUCAGUUGUCAGCAUGAUUGAUAGGAUAGCUGGAUCAGCACCUGGUAAUGGAUCUAGAGCAGCAGUUGGUGAAGAUUUGGUGGCUAUGACUAAGUCCCGUUUGCAAGCAAGGAACUUGAUCUCACAAGAUGGAAGUUCUGCAACAAAGAAAAUGAGGCGCUAUACAAGUGCUAUGCCCUUAAACAUUGUGUCACCAGAUGGCAGCAUAAAUGAUAGUUUCAAUCAGAUGAAUGGUCUUGAGACAUCUGACUUGGAGUCAACUGCAACUUCUAGGAUCAAGAAGCCCAGAGUUGAGGCCAGCCAUGCUCUUUUGAAGGAAAUUGAUGAGAUAAACCAGCAGUUAAUUGAUACUGUAGUGGAUGUUAGUGAUGAGGAUGUUGAACCAACUGCAGGAGUAGCUGUUGAAAGUGGUGAAGGAACUGUUGUUAAGUGCUCCUUCAGUGCUGUGGCGCUCAGUCCAAACGUGAAAUCACAAUAUGCUUCAGCACAAAUGUCUCCAAUUUUGCCAUUACGGUUGCUUGUUCCAACAAAUUAUCCAAAUUGUUCCCCUAUACUCUUGGACAGGUUACCAGUUGAAUUGAGUAAGGAAAAUGAUGAUCUUUCACUAAAAGCAAAGUCAAGGUUUCGCAUCUCACUUCGCAGCCUUUCACAUCCCAUGUCUCUUGGAGAUAUGGCAAAGACUUGGGAUGUUUGCGCUCGUGCAGUAGUCUUGGAGUAUGCUCAGAAGAGUGGAGGGAGGAGCUUCAGCUCAAGAUAUGGUACUUGGGAGAGCUGUGUUAAUGCAACUUGACCAUCUUGUACUACUACUAUGAUGUUACCAAUUAAUAUUGUUUCAAUGGAGUGUACAAAGGCAGAACUGCAUUUCUGGAAUAGAUCAUCUAUGCCAGAUUCAUGGUUGCAGCCGUUGAUGCCAUGCUCUGAACAAGCCCCUCAGUGGUUGGCUACAUUUGUUAUCUGAGCUUUCAGCUGAAGGGAGUACAGUUCAACGCGAAAUCCUAAGCUGUAUUAGAUGUGAUUAUAAUGCUUAUAUGACUGAAUUGGAGGUCGGCAGUUAUGCAUGCAAGGCAUCCAUCUUCUUUGUGUUGGUCAUGCAAGGCAUCCAUCCCCGACUGGACCGAGUGUCACUUUAUAGUUUGUAUGUUUGUUAUAUGUUUGUAUCCUCCCAUUGAGCUUGUGUUCAGCUGUAUAGUUUGCCAGUAUCAUAUCUUUCAGUUGUAAUGUGGGAGUCAUGGUUGAUGCUCUCUGGUGCUACUAGACAGUUCCUUGUUUGUUUGCCUUUAUAUUUGAGCGCUGUUUGGUUGCAUGUAAAAUGAAUGACUACUAAUUAUUGAGAAUGAUAUUCCCAUCAAGGUUCAAAAUA